AUGGAGCCUGAACUACUUGACCUACUCACUAUUUACCCGCCACGAUUGCAAAGCAAACGGCAAGCGUUCUGGGACUACUUCGUGAAGACGUGGUGCGACACAUACGGUAUUUCUUGUUGGAAUAUCUCCGGGAUGAUGAAGGAGAAUGUCGAGAUAGUCAACAGGACUAACAACUCUCUGAAGCCGAACAAUUGGAAGCUCACAGACACGUUUGGAGCACCACAUCCAAGAAUACUCAACUUUGUUGAAGUUCUGAAACAAGAAGCCAAAAACUACCUCAACCAACUUGCCGACGUCCGACACCGCCGAGAGCGACCCCCACUACAUGCAGCGCCAUACAGAUAUACCUGCGUCCCUCGUCUGCGCUAA